UACAAAUAGAAUCAUAUGAAUAAAACAUAUCAUUUUAAUUCCCAUCAAAAAUUUAUUUAUUUAUUUAUUUUUUACAGCAAACAGUCACAGACUCAUGUAGACUCAGCGAAUGACAAAUGUUUUUUAUAAAAUAUACAAUUUAAACAUAUUAUCUUAUACUUUAUAAAAUCAAAUUAAAAAUAAGGGUGAGCUAGCUUAAUAUGUUAAAAAAUACUGUAGUUGUGAAUGAAGCAAUAAAUAAAAAAAAAAUUUGACAAAAAAAAACAAAAAAAAUAUGUUAAAAAGAAAAGUAAAAAAAAAAAACUAAAAAUCAAAAUACGUAGGCGACUUUAUAGCACCGCCGAUGACUAUACAAGUUCUGAGCAUUGACUUUGAAGCAAAGCCUACCUGAUAGUAUAUCAAAACACAGCAUUAAUCAGACAGACUCUCUCUCUCUCUCUCUCUCUCUCUCUCUGAAACCUCGUAAAGGCAAAACCUUUAAUCCUUUCUCCUCACCGAGAUUCGUCCUCUCGCUUCAUGGGUCCGUUCUCCAAUCUUCGAGGACCCAGAAUCGGAGCUACCCACGACGAAUUGCCUCUAGCAAAUGACUCCUCUUCAUCUUCUUCGCCGUCGUCUCACUCUUCAUCGAUCAGGCGAAAGCUGUCGAAUUUAUUACCAAUCUGCGUGGCUCUUGUCGUCAUCGCCGAGAUCGGGUUUCUGGGUCGGCUCGAUAAAGUCGCUUUGGUCGACACGUUGACUGAUUUCUUCACUCAGUCUCCGUCGCUCUCUCCGCCGAGUAGAUCCGAGAGGAAGAUCGGUGUGGUGGGGACGGAGAAGAGCUGCGAGGAGUGGUUGAUGAGAGAAGACUCGGUGACUUAUUCGAGGGACUUUCGUAAAAAUCCAAUCUUUAUCUCCGGUGGUGCCAAGGACUUUCAAUCUUGCUCUGUCGAUUGUACAUUUGAAGCUAGCGCAGGUAAGACAGCAGAUGCUACGUUUGGAUUAGGUCAUAAACCUGAAACUCUUGGCAUAAUCCGUUCCAUGGAAUCAGCUCAGUACUAUCCUGAUAAUGAUCUCUCACAGGCACGACGGAGAGGUUAUGAUGUUGUGAUGACCACUAGUCUUUCAUCAGAUGUUCCUGUUGGGUAUUUUUCAUGGGCGGAGUAUGAUAUUAUGGCGCCAGUACAGCCUAAGACCGAGAAGGCUAUUGCAGCUGCUUUUAUUUCCAACUGUGGUGCUCGUAAUUUUCGGUUGCAAGCACUUGAAGCCCUGAUGAGGACUAGAAUCAAGAUUGAUUCUUAUGGUGGUUGUCAUCGGAACCGAGAUGGAAAAGUUGACAAGGUUGAAGCACUCAAACGCUACAAGUUCAGUUUGGCUUUUGAGAACACCAAUGAGGAGGAUUAUGUCACUGAGAAGUUCUUCCAAUCUCUAGUUGCUGGAUCUGUUCCUGUGGUUGUUGGUGCUCCGAAUAUAGAAGACUUUGCUCCUGCUUCAGGCUCAAUCCUUCAAAUCAAGAGUAUGGAAGAUGUGGAGCCAGUUGCAAAGAGAAUGAAGUUUCUCGCAGAUAACCCUGCUGCUUAUAAUCACACACUAAGAUGGAAGUACGAAGGUCCUUCAGAUUCUUUCAAAGCACUUGUUGAUAUGGCUGCUGUACACUCUUCUUGCCGUCUCUGCAUUUUUCUGGCUACGAGGAUCCAAGAACAAGAAGAGAAAAGCCCUAGUUUCAAGAAACGGCCUUGCAAGUGCACCAGGGGAGGAUCAGACACAGUUUAUCAUGUUUUUGUUAGAGAAAGAGGCCGUUUUGAGAUGGAAUCCAUCUUUCUGAGGGGUAAAAAUCUGACUCUGGAAGCUUUGGAAUCUGCGGUUGUGGCCAAGUUCAAGUCAUUAAAACAUGAGCCGGUGUGGAAGAAGGAAAGGCCUGCAAGCUUAAAAGGAGACAACGAGCUUAGAGUACAUAAGAUUUACCCGCUUGGCCUCACGCAGCGACAAGCUUUGUACAACUUCAAAUUCGAGGGGAACUCGAGUUUAAGCACUCACAUUCAACACAACCCUUGUGCUAAGUUUGAGGUUGUCUUCGUGUAGUUUCAUUCUCAAAGAUCUAUUUCAGCAUUUCAUCUUUAGUUUUGGAAGGCAUUUCCCUGUGUUAAAAUCGCAAAAGUGCAAGAAACCGAUUAGAAAAGACAAAAGGUCAUUAAAGUUAUGACACUGGUUUGUUUUAGGCAAGAUAUUUCUCUGUGUAAAUCAUUCGGACAUUGCAGAUGAUUUGUUGUUGCUUUCUUGGUGCAUAGAUGUUUGAAGUUUUAGAUGAAUUUGAUAGUUUUUUUUUCUC